GGAAGUCUCGCCUUCUGCGGCCCAGUGCUCAGCUCGCGCUUCCGGCAGGAGUCUCAGGAGCGAGCGCCUGGGCGGAGCAGCAGAGCUGGGGCCCUGUGAUCUCUGUGUCCAGCCAGCCAUGGAACAGUUUGGCUCUGGCCAUCAGCCCCUUAGGUGAGGACUCGUCUGGGGCUCGGCACAUGGCACGCCAUGGAGGUGAAGAGGACUCUUCCAGCUAGGGGAGCCGCCCUUUGAAAUCCGGGUACAGCUCUGCUGGGUCUUGCUGCCAACCGUCUUCAAGAGAAGCUCCUGCUGCUGACCCACGGAUGGGGAGGUGGGCCCUUGACCUGGCCUUUGUGUGGAAGGCGGUGCUCACGCUGGGCCUGGUCCUCCUCUACUACUGCUUCUCUAUAGGCAUCACCUUCUACAACAAAUGGCUGACGAAGAGCUUCCACUUCCCCCUCUUCAUGACCAUGCUGCACCUGGCCGUCAUCUUCCUCUUCUCGGCCCUGUCCAGAGCGCUGGUUCAGUGCUCCAGCCACAGGGCCCGCGUGGUGCUCAGCUGGACUGACUACCUCAGGAGAGUGGCCCCCACAGCACUGGCAACAGCACUUGAUGUGGGCUUGUCCAACUGGAGCUUUCUCUACAUCACUGUGUCACUGUACACAAUGACCAAAUCGUCUGCUGUGCUCUUCAUCCUGAUCUUCUCUCUGAUCUUCAAGCUGGAGGAGCUGCGUGCAGCCCUGGUCCUGGUGGUCCUUCUCAUCGCUGGGGGCCUCUUCAUGUUUACCUAUAAGUCCACACAGUUCAACGUGGAGGGCUUUGCCUUGGUGCUGGGGGCAUCAUUCAUCGGCGGCAUCCGCUGGACCCUUACACAGAUGCUUCUGCAGAAAGCUGAUCUUGGCCUUCAGAAUCCUAUCGACACCAUGUUCCACCUGCAGCCACUCAUGUUUCUGGGACUCUUCCCUCUCUUUGCCGCAUUUGAAGGUCUCCAUUUGUCCACCUCAGAGAAGAUCUUCCGCUUCCAAGACACGGGGCUGCUCCUGCGGGUCCUUGGGAGCCUCUUCCUUGGCGGGAUUCUAGCCUUUGGUUUGGGCUUCUCUGAGUUCCUCCUGGUCUCCAGAACAUCCAGCCUCACUUUCUCCAUCGCUGGCAUUUUUAAGGAAGUGUGCACCCUGCUGUUGGCAGCUCACCUGCUGGGUGAUCAGAUCAGCCUCCUGAACUGGCUGGGCUUUGCCCUCUGCCUCUCUGGCAUCUCUCUGCAUGUGGCCCUCAAGGCCCUACACUCCAGAGGUGAUGGUGGCCCUAAGCUCCCGAAGAGCCUGGGCCCCAGCACUGACCUGGAGCUGCUGCUCCAGAGCAGCCAGCAGGAGGAAGAAGACGAUGAGUAUUUUGUGACCUAGCGGCAACAGUGACCAUUUCGGGAGCCGUGGAAACAGGCCACUCUGCAGUCGGCUCUGCUGGCAUCUCUCUCGGUGGGGGCUGGGGACCCUGCAGGACCCUGCUAGGAGCGGGACUCCUCUUUCCUGUGGAGGUUGGUCCAAAGAGUGAAUGCCAGGCUCCUCCAGGACCUGAGUGGGCAGUGAAGGGAGCCACUCUUCUCCACUGUUGCUCUGGCUCUGAGAGCUGGGUGAACUUCUCGUGUGGUAGUUCUCGGGUUACUGGGUUCAGAUUGCAGGGCCUCUGGAAAGAGUCCCAGAGAAACUGGGCCUCAUCGCCUGGACUGCAGCUUCCUCAGAGUAGAUUUAUUUAUAGUUGAAGUAAUGAUUUCCUCCUCCACUGCCCAAUGUUGCCUGAGGCAUGAGCGCAAGGCGAGCCCUGGGGCCUAGCCUCUCCUUCCCCUGCCUGGGGCCUGUGCCUCUCGCCUGCCCCCUUAGCUCAUGCUACUGUUUGUGUCCAGACUGCAUCCUUGGGGCUACACUGUGGACCCACCACCAGAAAUAAACACUUACUCAGUACCA